AGGACAAGAAGCUCACAUGAGCAGAACCAUAUAGUUGAUGGGUCUCCCCCUCUUUCUCUCUCCUCUUAGCCCAUCUCUCUAUCAAUCUUAUAUUUCCUGAGCUCUUUCUUUCUCUAUCUCUCCUCAUUAACUAGUUCUUGAGAGAUGGUAUGGUUCCUAAUUAUAGUUUAUCUUUCUUAGAUUUGAAGCGCUUCUUGCUCCAUAAACAGUAGAGAGAGAAAACUUUAAUGGAGAGAAUCAGACAGAAGAAUCGUGCUAAUCAGUGAAGUUAGGCGCAAACACCCCCACUUUCUACUUUUGCAUAAUUAGGUCAAUCUCAUCCACCACCAUACUCUCUCCUCCCAUUCUCCCUUCUUUUCUCAAUUUCAAAACUAGGGUUUCAUUUCUUGAAUCUUUAUCUUCUCUCUCAAACAAGAAGAUGAAUCAAGAAGAAGAGAAUCCUGUGGAAAAAGCCUCUUCAAUGGAGAGAGAGCACAUGUUUGAAAAAGUAGUAACACCAAGCGACGUAGGCAAACUAAACCGACUCGUGAUCCCAAAGCAACACGCGGAGAGAUACUUCCCUUUAGACAACAAUUCUGACAGCAGCAAAGGUUUGCUUCUAAACUUCGAAGACCGAACAGGAAACUCAUGGAGAUUCCGUUACUCUUACUGGAACAGUAGCCAGAGUUAUGUCAUGACAAAAGGUUGGAGCCGCUUCGUCAAAGACAAGAAGCUUGAUGCUGGCGACAUCGUUUCUUUUCAGAGAGAUCCUGGUAAUAAAGACAAGCUUUUCAUUGAUUGGAGGAGACGACCAAAGAUUCCAGAUCAUCAUCAUCAAUUCGCUGGAGCUAUGUUCCCUAGGUUUUACUCUUUCUCUCAUCCUCAGAACCUUUAUCAUCGAUAUCAACAAGAUCUUGGAAUUGGGUAUUAUGUGAGUUCAAUGGAGAGAAAUGAUCCACCGGCUGUAAUUGAAUCUGUGCCGUUGAUAAUGCAAAGGAGAGCAGCACACGUGGCUGCUAUACCUUCAUCAAGAGGAGAGAAGAGGUUAAGGCUGUUUGGAGUGGACAUGGAGUGCGGCGGCGGCGGAGGAAGUGUGAAUAGCACGGAGGAAGAGUCGUCGUCUUCCGGUGGUGGCGGCGUUUCUAUGGCUAGUGUUGGUUCUCUUCUCCAGUUGAGGCUAGUGAGCAGUGAUGAUGAGUCUUUGGUAGCAAUGGAAGCUGCAAGUGUCGAUGAGGAUCAUCACUUGUUAACAAAGAAAGGAAAGUCUUCUUUGUCUUUCGAUUUGGAUAGAAGAUGAUGAUUGGUUAUAAGAUUAAUCACUACUUUAAUACACAUUAUAUAUGGAAUUAUACAUAUUACAUAUAUGUAACUCAAGGUUGUUGUUCAAGAUUUAAUGAUAAUAUCAAGAAAUAACAUGUUCUUUAAAGA